AAAUCCCGGUAACCAUUUUAGAACAGCAAACAAAAACCUAGGAAAACUAGUGCUUUGUGUAUAAGUUAUUCUGGCAAUGACUAAGUAUUGCUUUGAAAUAGGCACACCCCAUGGACUAUAAAUACAAGCCUAAAGCAUAGUAGUAGUCCGAUCUAAACCAAACUCUGCAGACUUUGAUAGUUCAUACCUUGACCAAUUCAGACCUUAAUCAACGACCUAAGAUACCAUACAAAAUGUUCGCCAGGCACCCGGAGACAGUUAAGUCGCUUCAAAUCUCCCUGAGGUUGAAGACCCAUCGUGAUGCGGAGGCGUUGAUUGAGGUCGAUGAAGUUAAGGAAGCGUUCCGGCUUUACAUGAAUAGGUGUCUUGUAGCGACCUCUAUGACCAAGGAGUUGCCCAACUGGAAGGACGUCGACGACUACUUGCAAAAUCUUCGCACGUCGUCUGCGGUUCGAAACAAGGCGAAGACGUUGAGGGAAGCAGUAGAAGAGGAGUGCAAGUCGGCGCCGUACGAGCUCCUACCCCACGUGUCAAUGUUUGCCCUGCGAAUGAUGAGUUUCUUGAUAACCGCCCGGGGAGAGGUGUACGAUAUCAACUUAGAUGCUGAGAUAGCAAAGAGCCCCGAAGACGUCCAGUUUGACCGCUGCAUUAGGAUCAUGCACUUGUUGGGUUUCCUUGUCAACCACGACCGGGAGAUGAGGAGAGCCAGAGAGGCUGAGAAAACCCGGCAAGCGAUUGGAGAUAACUGGAUAUGAAGCCGCUCCAUGUGACGACGUGACUCGUUCGCUGGUUUCGAACGUGUCAAAGGUUUAAUGUUUAACUGUUCGAUGUAGGUUCCCCGUCUAAUAAAUAAAUAAAUUUUAAUUAUUACCUCCUUUUCCCUCCUACUUUCAUUCAGAGUUUAAUGUCUUUCACUUGUUCGCCGUGUCCUAAAUAUGGUAUGCAUCUCUCGUUGCCGUUUCAUCCGUCUAGCCCAUCCAUUUCAUUCCUCUCGUUUCCUCUAUUUGUGUCCGUAGCGUUCCUCCUACCUUCUCCGCCUCCUUAGCAAAGGCUUAAGCAGGACAGCUUAGGUAGUAGGUAGUUUCU